GAUGAAUCGGUUGACUUCGUUGGAAAGAACUCUGCCCAUCUAGCAUUAUUGCUGAGUGUGGUUCGUACCAGUUAACAUCGAUAACGGCUGAUCGGUGCAAUAUUUAUUAUGCCUUUGAAUCAGGUGUUGUUGCCAGCACUUCCCUUCAUGGGGAAACUUCCAGCUGAUAUGCAGCCUGGGAAUCGUGUUCGUAUUCGAGGGGUCGUCAACCGACCGAACGGAGAUUGUCGGAUUCAGCUACAAACCGGGGAUUCGUUGAGCCCGAUGGACGAUGUUGUUUUGCAUUUGAAUAUUCUACCGAGCACCAGAGAAAUUCUCAGUAACAGCUAUUGCGAGGGAAAGUGGGGACAGGAAGAACGCUCGGCUAACAGUCCCAUCAAUUUCGAUGACGAAUUUGAACUAAUUAUCUCAGCUGAAGCAGCAGGAUUCUGCAUCGACAUUAAUGACAGUUCAUUCGCCAAGUUCAAUUACCGGUGUCCGGUGCAAAUGGCCCGCUACAUUUUUAUUACCGGUGGUUGUGUGAUUCGUGCAGUGAACUUUGCAAAUUGGAACUCAGUCCCUAAAGUGAUCAGUGUGCUUCCAAGUGCUCCAGUGUUCAGCCAAGCUGCUUCUGCAAGUGCACCUCCGAUGGCGUUCCACUUUCCGGCAUGGCCUCACGGAAAUAUGCAAUAUUUUGCACCAUCACCACCACUGUACCCGCAAUCCGGCCAAGCUACAUUCUUCAAUCCGGCCAUGUUUAUCCAGCAACCUUUGCUAAUGAAUUUGCCCACUGCCAUACCCAAAAACUUCGACAGUGGAGCCACGAUGCAGUAUAAAAUUCUGGUUACUGUGCUUUGGAAAAUCUGCUGUAUCCUGUUCAAAGCUCUUAAACUCAUCGCACUUGCACUGGCUGGUGGUUUCGGAGUUUACUUACUGUCAAAACGAUUGCGAUUGUAAUUUGUGACACCGACCCGGC